AUGACCACGAUGGCCAUGGGGGUGGUGUUGGCUCUAUUGCUUAUAUGUCUCUAUUUGCUCGUUAAAGUUGCCUAUGAAACUGUAUCAUGUUACUGGCUAACACCAAGACGUCUCAAGAAAAUCAUGGAAAAGCAAGGAGUGCGUGGCCCAAAACCUCGGUUUCUAGUUGGGAACAUCUUGGACAUGGCCUCUCUGGUUGCCAAAUCCACCUCCAAGGACAUGGACUCUAUCAACCACGACAUCGUCGCCCGCCUACUCCCACAUUUCGUCACCUGGACUAAACAAUACGGGAAAAGAUUUGUGUAUUGGAAUGGGAUUGAACCAAGGAUGUGCUUGACGGAGACUGAUUUGAUCAAAGAGCUUUUAUCAAGGCACAGUGCUGUGUCUGGUAAGUCAUGGCUGCAACAACAAGGUUCAAAGCAUUUCAUCGGCCGCGGUUUAUUAAUGGCGAAUGGAAAUGAUUGGUACCAUCAGCGACACAUCGUUGCACCAGCAUUCAUGGGAGACAAGCUCAAGAGUUAUGCGGGGUACAUGGUGGAAUGCACUAAGCAGAUGCUCCAAUCACUACAAAAUGCAGUGGAGAUUGGUCAAACCGAGUUCGAAAUCGGAGAGUACAUGUCUCGCCUCACUGCUGAUAUAAUUUCUCGGACAGAGUUUGAUAGUAGCUACGAGAAGGGGAAACAGAUAUUUCGCUUACUAACAGUUUUGCAGCAACUUUGUGCACAAGCCAGCCGGCACUUGUGUUUCCCUGGAAGUCGCUUUUUGCCUAGUAAAUAUAAUAGGGACAUUAAAGCAUUGAAGAUGGAGGUAGAGAGGCUAUUAAUGGAGAUAAUACAGAGUCGAAAGGAUGGUGUAGAGAUUGGCCGAAGCAGUUCAUAUGGAAAUGAUUUACUUGGCAUGCUGCUGAAUGAAAUGCAAAAGAAGAGAGGCAAUGGCUUUAGCUUAAACCUACAGCUGAUCAUGGAUGAAUGCAAAACUUUCUUCUUUGCUGGACAUGACACCACUGCUCUCUUACUAACAUGGACUGUCAUGCUCCUUGCAAGCAAUCCCUCUUGGCAAGACAAAGUUCGAGCCGAGGUGAAUCGAGUCUGCAAUGGUGGUUCUCCCUCUGGUGAACACCUCUCAAAACUCACCUUGGUAAGCCCAAAAGUUUAUCCGUUACCUUCAUGA